AUAUAUAAAAGGCCUCUGUGGAACAUCUGGGAAGGUCAGUGAUAUCACCUGUUCAGAGUCAAACCUUGGAGCUUCUCAGACGGUACAUUUUCACCAUGAGUGGGUGCCCAUUUUUAGGAAACAACUUUGGAUGUGCUUUUAAAAAAUUGUCCAUAGAAGGCAGUGAAGAUGACAAAUCACAAACCGGUGUGAAUAGAGCCAGCAAAGGAGGACUUAUCUACGGAAACUACCUGCAUUUGGAAAAGGUUUUGAAUGCACAAGAACUUCAAAGUGAAAUAAAAGGAAAUAAAAUUCAUGACGAACAUCUUUUUAUCAUAACUCAUCAAGCUUAUGAACUCUGGUUUAAACAAAUCCUCUGGGAAUUAGAUUCUGUCCGAGAGAUCUUUCAGAACGGCCAUGUUAGGGAUGAAAGGAACAUGCUUAAGGUUGUUACUCGAAUGCACCGAGUGGCAGUGAUCCUUAAGCUACUGGUGCAGCAAUUUUCUGUUCUGGAAACGAUGACAGCCUUGGACUUCAAUGAUUUCAGAGAGUACUUAUCUCCAGCCUCAGGCUUCCAGAGUUUGCAAUUCCGACUGUUAGAAAACAAGAUAGGUGUUCUUCAGAGUUUGAGGGUCCCUUACAACAGAAGACAUUAUCGUGAUAACUUCAGAGGAGAAGAUAAUGAACUGCUACUUAAAUCCGAGCAGGAAAAAACACUACUUCAACUAGUGGAGGCGUGGCUGGAAAGAACACCAGGUUUAGAGCCACAUGGAUUUAACUUCUGGGGAAAGCUUGAAAACAACAUUCUCAAGGGCCUGGAAGAAGAAUUCACAAGAAUUCAGGCUAAGGAAGAAUCGGAGGAAAAGGAGGAACAAAUGGCUGAAUUUCGGAAACAAAAAGAGGUGUUACUCUCCUUAUUUGAUGAGAAACGUCACGAACAUCUCCUCAGUAAAGGUGAAAGAAGACUGUCGUACAGAGCACUUCAGGGGGCCUUGAUGAUAUAUUUUUACAGGGAAGAGCCUAGAUUCCAGGUCCCUUUUCAGUUGCUGACUUCUCUCAUGGACAUAGACGCACUCAUGACCAAAUGGAGAUAUAACCACGUGUGCAUGGUGCACAGAAUGCUGGGCAGCAAAGCUGGCACUGGUGGGUCCUCUGGUUAUCAGUAUCUGCGCUCAACAGUCAGUGACAGGUACAAGGUAUUUGUAGAUUUAUUUAAUCUUUCAACAUAUCUGGUUCCCCGACACUGGAUACCGAAGAUGAACCCAAUUAUUCAUAAAUUCCUUUACACGGCUGAAUAUUGUGACAGCUCUUACUUCAGCAGUGAUGAAUCAGAUUAAACUCAUCUCCAAAUCUAUGAAGACAUCGAUUUCUCAGCGUGUGUUUUUUAAAAUUUUCUAUGAGUUGCCAUGAUACACCAAGAGUCCUAAUGUAAUAUAUGUAUAUAUAUAUAUAUAGGUAAGCAUUGUGGUGCUCUGAUUCAAUUCUGUAAAUAAUUUUAUUAACUCAUUUUUGUAAUAAUGAAUUAAAGAAAUUAAUUCAGCUGAAUUGUAACAUUGUACGUAGAAGGUUUUCCUGUUAAAACCUCAAUGUCCCCUAAUAAUUACACCUUAAGGUAAACCAUUUAACAUAAUAAUCAUUAUCUCAUUUUGUACUUUAAUAAGUUUGAAACUUCAGCAAUUUCAAAUACUUUGUGCAAUAAAAUGUGUCAUUCUACACAAA